AGAAAGCGCCCUUUAUUGACGUCACUGGAUUGUCACAGAGAAGACAGCUGUAGAAGUGAAUAUGAAACUUGAUUAGUUAGCAAGCCACAUUCUAUCUUUAAAAAUCAGAUUCUUGGGGAAUACCAGCGUUUCCGAUUGUAGUAAAAUGGAACAAUCAGCACCAAAAAGCAAGUUGAAAAAGCUGAGCGAAGACAGCUUGACGAAACAGCCGGAAGAAGUUUUCGAUGUUCUUGAGAAACUUGGUGAAGGGUCCUAUGGUAGUGUAUACAAAGCCAUACACAAGGAGUCUGGCCAGGUGGUGGCAAUCAAACAGGUGCCUGUGGAGUCGGACCUCCAAGAGAUCAUCAAGGAGAUAUCCAUCAUGCAACAGUGUGACAGUCCUUAUGUAGUCAAGUACUAUGGCAGUUACUUCAAGAACACAGACCUGUGGAUCGUGAUGGAAUACUGUGGAGCUGGCUCCGUCUCUGACAUCAUCAGACUGCGCAAUAAAACGCUCACUGAAGACGAGAUUGCAACGAUCCUCAAAUCGACCCUGAAGGGCCUGGAGUAUCUGCACUUUAUGAGGAAAAUCCACAGAGACAUAAAAGCUGGGAACAUCCUCCUCAACACAGAAGGUCAUGCGAAACUGGCAGAUUUCGGCGUGGCGGGACAGCUGACGGACACAAUGGCCAAGCGAAACACAGUGAUUGGCACGCCCUUCUGGAUGGCCCCGGAAGUGAUCCAGGAGAUCGGGUACAACUGCGUGGCAGACAUCUGGUCCCUGGGCAUCACCUCCAUAGAGAUGGCUGAGGGGAAGCCUCCCUAUGCUGACAUCCAUCCAAUGAGGGCGAUUUUCAUGAUUCCCACGAACCCCCCGCCGACCUUCCGGAAGCCCGAGCUGUGGACAGACGAGUUCACGGAUUUCGUGAAGAAGUGUCUGGUGAAGAAUCCAGAGCAGAGGGCCACGGCUACUCAGCUGUUACAGCAUGCCUUCAUCAAGAACGCCAAGCCUGUGUCCAUCCUGCGGGACCUGAUCACGGAGGCCAUGGAGAUCAAAGCCAAGCGGCACCAGGAGCAGCAGCGGGAGCUGGAGGAGGAGGACGAGAACUCGGAAGAGGAAGUGGAGGUGGACUCUCACACCAUGGUAAAGAGCGGGUCAGAGAGCGCGGGCACCAUGCGGGCAUCGGGCACCAUGAGCGACGGGGCGCAGACCAUGAUCGAGCACAGCAGCACCAUGCUGGAGUCCGACCUGGGCACCAUGGUCAUCAACAGCGACGAGGAGGAGGAGGACGGAACCAUGAAGAGAAACGCCACCUCCCAGCAGGCUCCGCGGCCAUCCUUCAUGGACUACUUUGACAAGCAGGACUCAAAGAGCAAGUCCCACGACAACUGCAACCAGAACAAGCAGGAGCCUUACCUCAUUGCCAAGAACGUCUUUCCCGACAACUGGAAGGUUCCGCAGGAUGGGGACUUCGACUUUCUGAAGAACCUGAGCUUCGAGGAGCUGCAGAUGCGGCUUAGCGCCCUGGACCCCAUGAUGGAGCGCGAGAUCGAGGAGCUGAGGCAGCGCUACACCGCCAAGCGGCAGCCCAUCCUGGACGCCAUGGACGCCAAGAAGCGGCGGCAGCAGAACUUCUGAGGUGGGGGGAGGGGCUCUUUUCCCACCCCCGGGACUGCAGGCUGCCAGGGGCCCGGUCACAGGAAGAGGAGGGGCCUCUCUAUGAGACCACUCCCACCGACGCUGAGCAUGUCAGCAUACUCGCCAGCUGAACCUGCCCCGCCCACCAAAAGCAGAGGUGCCCGUUGAUCCAUUCUCUUGGACCCUCCCCCUCCCUCCCCCCCUCCCCCUCCCUCCCCUUCCAUUCCAGAUUACAUUCACAACAUUCCGCCUUCCUGGAGGGCGUAACCCCACUACCUGGCCCCAGGUUAUGUAAGCAGUAGCAACGGGCCACAUCCAUCCUCAAUGGUGAGCUUGUUUUCACAACAGGUUCCUCUCCUUUCUCCCCUCCCUCAGAAGACUGCCUCCCAGACCACUCCCGCUAAAGCAGCUGAACUUUGGGGGCAUUUCUUACGUCUGGCAUAAUUUAUCUGACACUGAUAGGCCCAGGCAUCCAACAUGGGGCAUGGCUAGAGCACAAUGUAUAGAGUGUUGGCCAAAUUUUUAAAAAACUUCUUCCUUUCCACCCCUACCCUGGCCACACCCACUCGAACAGUCCACCCCGGGACUUUCCUUACACCCUCCUCUGUAUUGUCUGCUGUCUGUCCGAAUUUGGAGAAAGUGAAAAGUAACUUAAAAAUACUUGGUUAUAAUGAUGCUAAUAUACUUAAAUAUUAUUUAAAAGAGGAAUAUAGAGUAUGAAGGGUUUUUGGGGAUCAUUUGCCCCGGCUGUUCAUCUUCCUAUUGUUAUUAUUUUAUAUAAUUUCAUCCUGCGUAAUCCUCACUGACUUUUAUUAGGUGUGCAAGUGUAGGGCUCCAGAAUGUUUGAAACCAAAGAAACUUAGAGAGGGACUCCUGUUGUUAUAGCAGUGAUAGAAGAAUCUGGGUGCCUUAAAAAGGUUUAAAGUCCAGGUGAUGUUGGCUUUAUACUCACAAUGUUUAAAGGGAUAGAACCCUUGUGUGUAGGAAACUACUAGGAUGUGUGGAAUGUUACAUUUUUAGGUCUGAGGGGUAUAAUUUAAUUUUUGACUCAUCAGUACGCUAUGGGGACCAAGCGGAACAUGAAAAACAGCAACCAAGGAUGUUUCAAACGCUAUUCCGGAAAUUCCAUAGAUGGUUGUUUAUAUGAGUUUAUAAAUAAACAUUUACAUUUGCAUAAA